AUGGCGGACGUGUUAAGUGUUGGCGUGAACCUGAAAGCCUUUGCCCAGGCCAUCAGUGCCAUCCAGGCACUGAGCUCCAGCAUGAGCAGGGUGUUCGACUGCCUGAAGGAUGGCAUGCGGAGCAAGGAGACACUGGAGGGCCAGGAGAAGGCCUUCAUUGCGCACUUCCAGGACAACUUGCAUUCGGUCAACAGGGACCUCAAGGAACUGAAACAUCUGAGCAACUUGGUCGGCAAGCCUUCUGAGAACCAUCCUCUGCAUAACAGGGGGCUGUUGAGUCUGGAUCCCAUGCAGGACAAAACCCCUCUCUACAGUCGGCUCCUUCAGGCCUAUAAAUGGUCAAACAAGUUGCAGUACCAUGCAGGUCUGGCAUCUGGCCUUUUGAAUCAACAGUCAUUGAAACGUUCUGCUAACCAGAUGGGAGUAUCUGCUAAACGAAGACCAAAGGCUCAACCCACGACUCUUGUCUUACCGCCUCAAUAUGUUGACGACGUGAUAAGCCGCAUUGACAGGAUGUUCCCUGAAAUGUCCAUCCACUUAUCCAGACCCAAUGGGACGUCUCCCAUGCUUCGCAUGACCUUGGGAAAGGUGUUGAAAGUGAUUGUCAUCAUGCGGAGACUGUUCAUUGAUCGAACUAUAGUAAAGGGGUAUAAUGAGAACAUCUACAUGGAAGAUGGCAAGCUUGAUAUAUGGUCCAAAUCCAACUAUCAAGUAUUCCAGAAAGUGACGGACCAUGCCACCACUGUCCUGCUCCACUGCCAGCUGCCCCAGAUGCCUGACGUCGUGGACCGUUUCUUCAUGACCUGGUUAAGAAGGUACAUAAAGCGGUUCCAGGCCCCGUGCCAGUGCUGUGGGAAGUUUCUGCAGGACGGCCUUCCCCUGACGUGGAGGGACUUCUGA